AUGAUUUCUUCAACAGCUCUAUGUAGCUAUACAGUUAGUUUAUUGACCGCGUAUGGAGUUAAGUUGUGUUGGUGGGAUACAAAGGAUCAUCCAUGGUACAAUAAAUUUUCUGAUGGUGUUAACGAUGACUUUUCCACUUUAUGGAAAUGUAUAGUUGGGAAAAGGAAUGCCAUUGAGAUAGAAAAAGAAAAAAUGAAGAUACCUAAAAAAACACAUUUCUCUUCCUUCCUAUCUACAGCAUCGGAUAACAAGCUUCUAAAUGAUCAUCACAAUCAUUCGCUUAGUGGUUUAAUCAGUGAUAAAUUUGAUAAAAGUCUUGAAGUGGAUAGAAUUGUGGCUGAAGGACUAGAAGGUUGGGGUGAAACUGCUAAAGAAUUGUCUCGUGAAGAAUUAGAAGAUAAUUCAUUAAGUGUAAAGGAAACUGGUAAUAGCAUUAAAGAUAAAGCUGCCUCUUUAUCAUUGAACAAUAGGACUAUAAAAUCAAUCGAAGAUUCUUUAAAUGAGAAUGAUUUAGCUAGAAUUACAAUGGAACAUUUAGAAGGUUGGGGUGAAAAUGCAGCAGAAUUUGCCAAGGAAGAAUAUGAAGAACUUAAGAAUAAGAAUAACAAAAAUAAAUAA